AUCCGAGACACCAAAAUUGGGGACGGAUAAAUAGCGUUACUGGAGAGCUCUGUAUAUUCAUUCUCUUGAGUUAGGGUUUAUCCACGAGUGCUGGGGUUCAAUUCUGAAUGGCGAAACCAGUACGACGUCGUUCACCUUCAGGCUCGAUUUCAGGCUCGUCUCGCUCACGUUCUCGUUCAAUCUCCUCUCGCUCUAGCUCCCGCUCUCGUUCUCGCUCUAGAUCCUUCACUUCCUCCUCGAGCCGCUCUCGAAGCCUCAGUUCUCGCAGUCCCUCUCCCAAUCGUCGCGUGAAAAGUCCUGCUGAAGGAGCUAAAAGAGGCCGUUCCCCACAAGUGAAGAAAGCAACUCCACCACCACCACCCCCUAGGAAAGUUUCUCCCGUUCCCCAGUCACUUAAGCUUUGCAUUCGCCAGCUCUCAAGGAACGUGAAUGAAAAUCAUUUGAGAGAAAUACUUGGUAAUUUUGGUGAAGUUGUAAGUGUUAAACUGGAAAUAGAUCAUAGAGCUAACCUUUCAAAAGGGUUUGGUUAUGUGGAAUUCAAGUCGAGAGCUGAAGCUGAAAAAGCCCAGGCAUACAUGGAUGGAGCUCAAAUUGACGGUAAUAUUGUUCAAGCUAAUUUCACAAUACCUGCUCGGAUAACACCUCCGAAGGCUGUUGCUGCUUCAAGAAGAGAUGCUUCCAGGAAUGAUAAUCUUACUGUUGACGCUGAAAAGGAUGGACCAAAGCGGCAGAGAGAGUUAUCCCCACGUCGUAAAGUUUCACCUUCGCGAAGGAGAUCACCUGUGGCCCGAAGAAGAUCCCCAAGAAGAGAUAUGGAUUCAUCUCCAAGGCGGCGUGAUUCUCCCAUUCGUCGCCGCAUGAAUUCCCCUUAUCGUCAUGGUAAUUCACCACCGCCUAGGAGAAAGCCCGCAUCUCCAUUUAGAGGUCGCUCACCAUCCUCUCCGGCAAGGAGGGCCUCUCCGUCAAGAAUUCGUGGUAGACGUUCUCCUCCACCCCAAAGGCGACAUUCCCCUAGACGAGCUCGCAGCCCCCCGAGGAGAUCUCCUGUUCCUCGUAGACGUACCCGUUCUCCAAUGCGAAGACCUAUUCGUUCACGUUCUAGAUCAAACUCCCCACGGAGAGGUCGAGCUCCACCUGGAAGACGUGGAAGAUCAUCAUCUAGUUCUAGAUCUCCUAGCCCACGCAAGGUUGUUCGGAAGAUUUCAAGGAGUCGUAGUCCUAGAAGGAGAGGAAGAAGCAGUAGCAACAGCGGUAGCAGCAGUUCACCACCUCCAAAGCCUUGACAGCAGAAGCUUUUUUGCAGAGCAUGUAGGGGUUGCUAUUGACCUGGCUUUAUUAUCUGAACUUUUAUAAUAUAGCAGCCCAUUGCAAUGGGCUUGUUGGAUGUAUUAGCAGGCUGAAAUUUCAUUGUGAUCUUCACCUCUUUUUAUGUUUGACCUGCAAAAUCAAUUUGAUAAGGCUGUGCCUGUGCCAUAUUAUAUAUAUGUAGCUGGUUUUCGUUUUGCC